AACCAAACACAGGCACAACCUCUCUACAACAAUCACCUCUCUGAUGCUACUGUAGAACCUUGUCUUACAGGAUGAAACCCAGAAGAUUACUGCUGUCUGUGGCUCCUCUACCGACAAUAACGGAGUCGCACGAGGACCUCUCGCAGACCCUGGAUGAAUACGUGAACUCCAUUAAAGAAUUGGCCCAGCCUGCUUGCGGCCCUUUGAGGAUAUCCAGGACUCAGAGGCGUAAACCCGUGGGGAAGCACACAGGCUCUUCCAGGGCUCUGCGACCCUGCCGCAUUUCGCUCGGCCUGGAUGAGGUUACGCUGAGGUUCAGCAGCCAGAAGGACUGUGGCACUAAAGAUCCACUGGACUGGUUGUUUGCACAGACACACUUACAGUCACACGGAGAGAAUUUGCGCAGGACCGACAGCGCACCUGCUGCUUUGUGGUUACUCUAAUGCGCCAAAGCAUAUGUGACAUGCUGAUGGGAGGAUAACACUGAACGUUUGAUGGAUGAACGCAAUGGAGAAUUGAACUGAACUUCUUAAUUUAUUGUCUGAAGAAACUUUUUGUACAAAUGUUUUUUGCUUAUGUUUACAUGUUUGCUGUCAAAGGCAUGGUUUUCUACAUUCUAUGCUUUUUAAAAUAAAAAAAUAAAUAAAAUAAAAAA